AUGUUUUUGGCUUCAUUAGAUUUGUACUUUGAAAUUCUAACAAUUAACCUUCCUUGCGGUGCACUCGCUGCCGCUUCUAUAAUCUUCCUCUUUAAAGUGCCAGAUGCAGUCAAACCAGCUGAGGCAACCUUGAAGGAAAAACUUCUGCAGAUGGAUAUACCAGGAUUUCUUUUCAUCACUGCGUCCAUCGUCUGCUACCUUCUAGCUCUGCAGUGGGGAGGUGCCAUUAAAAGAUGGAGUAACUCGGAUGUGAUUGGUACACUUGUUGGCUUUGCGUUGUUUCUCGUACUUUUCGGGCUCAUUGAAUGGUAUCAAGGCGAGAGAGCUCUUCUCCUACGGAGUAUCUUCAGGAACCCAACCAUUUCAAAUGGUUGUGCUUUCUGCUUUCUACUUCCCAGAAUCGCCGGCAGCUUCUAUAUCCUUCUCUACUAUCUUCCGAUCUACUUCCAAGCGAUUCGGGGAGCUGAUGCCACUGGAUCCAGAAUUCGAACUCUUCCUUUGAUCUUGGGUCUCACUCUGGUACAGAUUAUAACAGGUAUUAGUGUCGGCAAGAUAGGCGUUAUUAACCCAUUCUUGAUCGUCGGCGGAACACUAACUACCAUCUCUUGCGGAUUAUUGAUGACUUUACAACCAGAUUCUUCCUCAAGCAAAUGGAUUGGUUACCAAGCUUUGGCAGGUAUUGGGCUUGGAUUUUGCUUCAACGUGUACAUCAUUGUAGUACAAAACAUUGUGAAGGCAGAUGAGAUAGCAACUGCUACGUCAAUGCUUUUGUUCUUUCAGUCAAUGGGAGGUGCUCUGAUUGUCUCGGCAGCUCAAUCACUUUUCCAAAACGAGCUUCUCAACAUUAUUCCUCAUACAUAUCCAUCAAUUAGCCCCUCCAGCAUAUUCAGCAUAGGGGCAUCUCAAGUUCAGACUAGUUUUCCGCCUAACGAAUUACCUGGAAUUAUAGAUGCUUAUAUAAGGGGUAUCCGAAUGGCAAUCGCUCUAUCAAUCGCUAUGGCCGGAACAGCAACACUAGUCGCAUUGAGUCAAGGCUGGUUCCGAAUGCAGCAGGAGGUGUGUAGUGGAGAUGACAUUCAAGAUGGCAUUGAGCUGGAACGACGAAACGAGAGUGAUUCUAAGAUGGCGUGGAUUUUCGUCUUCGGUGGUUUCGUGUACUCUCAGCCCGAUGCUGGAAGUAUUUCAACGCCCAAAGCCAUGAAAUUGGAGGCUAUUGUAUUACUAGGAUUCCAUUUUAAUUUAGGGUGA